AUGGACACGUCAUACCCCCACGAGGACCCGCAGGCCCCAGCGCCCCUCAAGGCCGAGGGUGCCGCCCACACGUCGCUCACGCUGGGGGCGCCGCGAUCCCCACCACGGGACCACUUGAUCUGGUCUGUCUUCAGCACACUCUACCUGAACCUGUGCUGCCUCGGCUUCCUGGCACUGGCCUACUCCAUCAAGGCCCGAGACCAGAAGGUGGCUGGGAAUCUGGAGGCGGCUCGGCGGCUGGGCUCCAGAGCCAAGUGCUACAACAUCCUGGCCGCCAUGUGGACGCUGGUGCCCCUGCUGCUGCUCCUGGGGCUGUUGGUGGCCGGCGCCCUGCACCUGUCACAGCUGGCCAAGGGCUCUGCAGCUUUCUUCAGCGUCCAGUUCACUGACACAGACUAUGACUGA